UGUCAAAUGACAAACUGGUGUAAAUUUUUAUCAACGAAUUAAAACGGUUUGAAGCUCGGCUUCAACAAGAUUCUCCUUUAAAAUGGAGCACAGUUCAGUUAGAUAUGAAGUGUUGAGAGAAGAAGAACAAGAUGUACCUGCGCAACCUGUUGCUAUGGCAAUGGUAGUCCCACCCCCUCCCCCGUACGCACCAGUCAACCCUGUACAAACGGAAAAUACAGCAAUGUUUCAAGGACCAAAGUUACCAACCUAUGAUGAUGCUACCAAUCUCCCGUCAUAUGACGAGGCUGAACGCAGUAAAAUAGAAGAAUUACAAAGACUUCAUGAUGAGGAAUCACAAAUAGAGGACGGCCCUUCUCAGUCUGCAAGCAAUGCUGAAAGAUUGACAGGAUUGGCUAUUGGUACAGAUGGGAUGUUUAUCUGUACUUUUGUUGUUGCAUUUUUAUUCAACUGGGUUGGAUUCCUCUUGUCUCUGUGUAUAUCAAAUACAGUUGCAGGACGGUGUGGGGCGUUAUCUGGAUUAGGUUUAUCUAUUGUUAAAUGGGUGGCCAUAGUUAAGCACAAUAAUUGGGCUGUUGAUUUUGCUGGCGGAGAUUCCUGGUUAUGGUGGAUGCUGGUUGUUUGUGGGUUUUUGUUAUUUAUCCGAGGCUCAGUACAAUAUGUACGAAUUAAAUAUGAAAUGAACCGACUUACUGGUCAACUUCGUGAAUAUAGAUUGAUAUAAUCACAUCAUUUUACUGAACAAAAAAUACAGUUAAAAGAAAGAAAAUAACGAAAACAGAAGAAAUUUUUAAUUUAUAUACAUGUACUUGUAUUUUGGGGCCUAUUUCACAAUAACUUAUUUAAGAUAGUUUUAAUGCUGCAUAUUUCAUUUUGAAUUUAGUUUUAUGAGCGAAUUAGAUAAGAAUUUCAAAGCUUAUCUUGGUUAACUUUCAUCUAGUUGUUAGAGGCUAAUAAAAAUCAGCAAAUUUCAGAACAAAUAAGUAGGAACUUGUUUUUUAUUGUAUGUCUAAUUUUCAACAUUUAAUAAUUUCAAAACACUAUUUUGAAUUUGUCGUUGAAUCUACCAUUGUAUUUCAAUAAUGUGUACUUGUACAGAAACACAGUAGAACAACCUUCUUUCGUUACACAAUAUGGUGCAUAAGAAAACAACAGUGUAGUUUAUUCUACCAUGGAUUGUAUUUGCAUAACCUAGCCUGAAGUUAUGUGAAAAUAGUAUUUUUGGUUACAUUUUACAAUAGAACAGAGAUUAUAUCAAUCAAUACUUACUUUAUGUGUACAAGAUUUAAUGUUGUAAUAUAUUUUAUGUCCUUAAUAACUAAUGUGGCUGUGAUGAAUGGGGGUGGAAGAUUUAUUGAUGGGGGUAAGGGGAUUUAUUGAUGGGGGCAUGGGGAUUUAUUAAUAGGGAUGGAAGAUUUAUUGAUUAGGGGGAAGGGGAUCUUGUGAUUGGGGGUAAGAAAUUUAUUGAUGGGGUAGGGAUUUAUUGAUGUGUUGGGAGUGGUCAGAGCUUGGUUUGUUAUUUUUAGAGGUAGUUUUCAGAUGUGUUCUUACUUUUUUGUUUCUUUCUUGGGGCAUUUUUUUUUUUUUGUUGAAUUUUAAUAUCGUUAGGUAGUAUUGCCAAGUAAGUUUUAAGUGAAUGAUUUGUAAAAAAUAAGACAGUUAUUGAAAAAGUUAUAACCAUGAAGUCCCACUCUGUAAAUGCAGUGAUUGUUUGGAUUGUACUAGAAAAUACAGCCAAUCAGGCCUCAACAAAAAUCUAGAUACAAUUAGCCUUGCCUUUUUGUCAAAUGCUCUGAUUGGCUGUAUUCUCUAGCAUACAAUCCAAUCAAUUCAAUGCAUUCUGUAAUUCAAAAAAGGCAGCCAUUGAAGUCAAGGUAUAAGUUUGUCAAGGUCAAGGUCGUAAUAACCUGACAUUGUGAAGAUGUUUCAGUGGUAUCUGAGGCUUGUCUGGAUCAGUUGUCAGAGCUAAGGUUACAGUGAUUCUCCUGAAAAGGAUUGAAAAAUACUAAAAUUCAUUCUUAAACUAUGUUGUACAUUUUCUUAGCUACUAAUAAAAAUAAAUGAUAACCAUUGAAUUGGUACUUUCCUUUAGACCUUUAUUAAAGUUGCAGUCUGUGCCAAUUGACAGGGUAUAUUUAGAAAAAUCUAUAUCAUAGUCAAAAUAAAUAAUUGUAUGUAUAUCCAUUGAUGACAAAAGAUAAGGCAUGUUGAAGAGACACUUAUUACUAGUAAUAUUUCUUCUAUUGACUUAAAUAAAGAAAUCAAAACUGAGAU